CAUUCUACACUUUGAGCUCUUUUUAUCAAUGCAUUCUUCCUGAUUUCGUUAUCUUACACAGGGAGUUAUCCUAAGAUCGUUUUCUUUUUUUGUUUUCUUGGAAAAGAAUUUGACAGCAGAAGCAAGACUUUAAUUGAGGGCUAUCCUGAGCCAUUAAACUCAAAUCCUGAUUUCUCUUUUGUUACAGAGAGCUAUCCUGAGCUACUCUUAUUCACUCCUGACAGAGAGCUAUCCUGAGCUACUCUUACAAAUUCCUGAUAGGGGGCUAUCCUGAGCCAUCCUGAACUGACUCCUGAUCAUUAAAAGAUUUUUGAAAACAAAUUGAAGAUCUUCUUGUUUUGCAAUUUAAAAAAAACAAACUCUUCUAAAUCUUAUCAUCUUGACGCAUCAACAACAUGUCUUCAUUUAGGUCCGCCCAACGCGCAGUCCGUGCUUCUGCACCCCUGCUUCGUUCCUCACCCAUCAUCACCAACCGUGGCAGCCAACGUUUGUUUCACGAGUCUAGCAAGGCCAAAGCCGUAGAGGCUAUCGCAACCCAGACGCCGCUGAGCACCGGCCCGCCACCUCCCCCCUUUGCAGCUCAACAGGUUCAACAACAGCAGCAGUCUAUUACACAGCCGUCCCCCCAGGUAGAGGGUUACACCCAACUUAACGUCAGGGAUCAAGCAUAUAAACCCAAGUUCUAUGAGACUAUCGGCAAGAUCAUGAAGCUCCGCGAAAAGUACCUGCGUGAUCGUGCCAUCUUCGUCGAGUCUGAGGAGAUGAUUGAACUUAUGCUGGGACUCGGUGCCAAGGAAUCUGACAUCCCCGGCAUGAAGACUGUCUCAGACAAGCUGUACCACGACCCUACUCUACCCUUCCGCCUGACUCGCAACAGCCGGUUCUGUCUCGACUUUGAUACACAUUCAAUCCGCCGUCUAGAGUUCCAGCCCUUUGUCCUGACCGUUGAAGAAGACUUCAACCGUUACGACUCUGGUGCCAUUCGCCGCUUUGAUGAGGUCCAGAACGACUUGCAACUCAACUCCAUCUUCCAGGCACUCUUUGUCUUCAAGGCCAUGAUCAUCCACGGCAUAGAGAUUGCUCACCGCCCCAAGCUAGAGUACGGAAUCAACAAGUGGGUGUGCACCCUGUUUAGUCUCCGCACUGUUACCACUCCCCAUAUUCUGGGAGAGCCUGCACUCGAGGGUGUGCACUCUGAUGGCGUCGAUCACACCAUGACCACGUUUUUGGGGAGCUACAACAUGACAGAUAACAGUGCUGCUACAUUCAUGCAUGACAUGGAGGAGAAGACUGGUAUUCCCCUGGAACAGAUCCAGCCCAUUCAUUUGGUUGGUCGAGUCCAGCACAAGAGAUUCCUUGACACCCUCAUGGUUGUCGACCACGAGCGUAAGCAUAGCUUGUCACCUGUUUUCCCUGUCGACAAGACGAAGGAAGCCCAUCGUGACAUGCUUGUGUUCUUCACUCGCAAGCCUGUGGAACGGACUCACGUGUCUGGCGCCAUCGACUCGCUCAACCCUCACAAAGAACUACCUAUGGAGAUCCCGCUUUACUUGCCCGGUGCCAACUAGAGAAUGCACUAUGACUUGACUAUUAUUUAGAGGUCUUUGCUCACAUAUGGGAUGAACUAGUGGGGCGAUGGUGAUCUCGGACAUUUGGAUGCGAUUAUAUUCCGUUAGUUGCAUCGGUGGGCGAUCGUGGGAGCUGUGGGCUGCAUGGCAUGCUGACACUAUUCUCUCCAUGUUUUGGACGUCUUUUCACCCCUGACGUAUCGUGCAAGGAGAAACAAAAUGCGAGAAUGUUGGCCCCCAUUGUUGUUUUCAGGAAACUUUUAUGUGUCAUCUUGUUGGUUUUGACUCACGAGCUGGAUUGCUUCCUAUUUCACAGAACUGCACUCUUUUGCUCUUUAUUUAUUUCCCCCCCCUUCCAGCUUUUGAGACACGCAUUAUGGUUUGACGAUGUCUACAUAUGUUUUUGGAAUUCGGCAAUAGGAAAAAAUUGAUGGAAUCGUUUACUUGGCCUUGCUCAUCUUACUAUUCUGUGUUGCUGGUUUAAAUGUUGCUCAUGUGUCUACGAUUCUCCAUAGGUAGCUUUCACUUACAAUUGACAAGGGUGGUACCCAAAAUUGGUAACUA